AUGCUUGCAUUGCAAGGCCUCGACGAAAACGCAAACAAGCGCAUAGCCAAUAUCCUACCGUGCCGCAUACACCACAAUGGUCCUACCAAAGUGACGAAAAGAUAUUGGUCGCCUCAAAUCGAGAAAGACGGUACAGCGACGUCCUACUUUCGAGGUCGUAAGUUACGCGGAAAAGUCAUCACGUUGCCCGCGGGAUAUCGAGGCGUGGUCGCCAAAUCGACCGACAAAUAUCUCCCACAGCCGAUCAAGUCUCAGAAUAGCCCUACGUACACUGCCGUGGACGAAGAUAUCGAGAUCGCCGACGAUGAAGAGGAGCCUCCUGAGCCUGUCAGAAUCCUCGAAGAGACGUCGACUUUCGCGGACAUCAUUGUUUGGGGGCAUGAUAUCUUGCCAACGAAUGAAGAUCCUUUUGUCAAAGGCAUCGAAGAGUGGAUAUCCUUUGCUGAGGCCAUACAUGGCGACGGCGCCAAAGACGACCAACAUGCGAGCGGUGACGAGAAGAAAUCGGCUUGA